AUGCCUGUGGGGUACAAUGUCUCUUUACUGUAUGACCUUGAAAAUCUCCCAGCCUCCAAGGAUUCCAUCGUGCAUCAGGCUGGCAUGUUGAAACGAAAUUGUUUUGCCUCUGUCUUUGAGAAAUACUUCCAGUUCCAAGAAGAAGGCAAGGAAGGAGAGAAUAGGGCAGUUAUUCAUUAUAGGGAUGAUGAGACCAUGUAUGUUGAGUCUAAAAAGGACAGAGUCACAGUAGUCUUCAGCACAGUGUUCAAAGAUGAUGAUGAUGUGGUCAUUGGAAAGGUGUUUAUGCAGGAAUUCAAAGAAGGACACAGAGCCAGCCACACAGCACCACAGGUCCUCUUCAGCCACAGGGAGCCUCCUCUCGAACUGAAGGACACCGAUGCUGCUGUGGGCGACAACAUUGGCUAUAUCACCUUCGUGCUGUUCCCUCGACACACCAACACCAAUGCCCGAGACAAUACCAUCAACCUGAUCCACACGUUCCGGGACUACCUGCACUACCACAUCAAGUGCUCUAAGGCCUAUAUUCAUACACGUAUGCGGGCAAAAACAUCUGACUUCCUCAAGGUGCUGAACCGUGCACGCCCAGAUGCCGAGAAAAAAGAAAUGAGAACAAUCACGGGGAAGACGUUUUCAUCCGGCUAA